GUUAGGUCUGCUUUCCAUUAUUUUUAAUUUUUAUAUUACAUGUUUCUAUUAUUGCAUUUCUGUUAUGAGUAAAGUAAAUCGUCUACACGACCAUACACGUUAUAGGCCAUGGGUUCUGAAAAAAAGAGUGUAAUUUAUAAAACGAACCUCGAAAAUAAAACAGAUGAUGAUGAAUUGUUACCAAAAUGCUUCGCAAUCAGUUCCGAUGUGGAAAUGAAAGAAAUACCUUUAACAGGUGAAGAAUAUCUUCUUAAAGUUGUGACCGAACGUGCCAAGAUUGCUGCUGUAACUAUAUGUGAUAAAGAUGUUACACAAUUCGCCAAGAAUCAAUCUCGUUUUUACAAAGAGCCUCCAAGGACGAAACCAGCACCAGAUAAACUGAAGCCCACAAUCGAAUGGCAAGAAAUUCAAAUUAAAGAUUUCACUGAUGUUCGAUCAAACAUGAGUAACAUAAUAGCUAACCUUACCAAAAGAAAUUUGUGGAGUGCUAAAGUGAAAAAGAUAGAAAUAACUGAUCAGUCAUUUGUGGGUUGGAAAAUAUUUUUUGAAGACAAUGAUUCUACUGUAACAUGUAUGCUGGGUUUUAAUCCUGAACUGCUGGAUAUAGGAUUAGAAAUGCUUACAAAUAUUGUAAGAGAAGUUACUCCUAGGGACACUAUAGACCACAAAACAGGUAGAUGGAUAUAUGCAUUCUUAGCAUGUUUGAGACACCCGCCACUCUCAGAAACCAUUAGCAUCCUGCGGAAUCUAGCCAGGGCUUGUGCUGAAGUCAGGUCAAUAUUAACCAAGAAGAAGAAGAUGCCUCACUGAAAGCUGCACCUCUCAAUCUGUUUAUUUGCAUAGUUGCCAGGUAUUUUAGACAGCUGGACUUAGCUGAUUAGCAUUAUGAUGAAUUGAUGACCUUUUGGGAAAUAAUAGCAAAGAAAUAUACAAAUUGAGUUAUACAUUUUUGACCAAAUUUGUGGUUAGAAAUCUUUACAAGCAAGUGGUUGACUGAAUAUGGUACUAAAAAUACGUUUAUGAUGUUUCAUUGUGUUCUUCUGGCACUAUAAAGUAAAAAAAUAUAUCUGUGCUUCUUUGUAAAUAAAUUUUUAUUUCAAUAUUCAUUGGUAUCAUAUCAGUGCAAUAAUCCAGUGAUAUUUUUUGAGUGAUUGGCACCCAAAAAAUUAGAUUCACUAUAAUUAUAGGCUAAAAUAUUGACAAACUUUUAUGACUGCCUCUAAAAUAUGAUAAAAAAGAAA